AUGUGUUCUUGUGGGUGUUGCAAUCCAGUUCUCAAAUACUGCAGCACUGCAGACACACGGCACACAUAUACAUGUGUUUUCCUUCAGGAUGUUUGCCGUGUUGUUUGGAAAACUGAGGGACCUGCUGUAUCCGCUCCUGUCCUCAUGCUCCGUCUUCCAUGUGCUCGGACUGUCCGCGCUCACGCUCACCCUGCUUCUCACUGGGCGUCUGGCGCAGCUGCUGUGGAAGCGCAGAGAGCUCUGCUGCUUUCCCUGCCCGCCCCAGCGCAACUGGCUCCUCGGACACAUGGGAAUGAUACGCACUGAUGAAGUCGGUAUGCAGGAGGUGGAUGAGCUUAUAAGGACGUAUCGUCACUGCUGCGCCUGGUUCCUGGGUCCCUUUUACAACAUUAUCCGCUUAUUUCAUCCAGACUACCUCAAACCUUUGCUUCUGGCCUCAGCUUCCAUCACAUUUAAAGAUGAGCUGUUUUAUGGGUUCAUGAGACCUUGGCUUGGGCAGGGUCUCGUUCUGAGUAAUGGAAAAGAGUGGUCUCGACAGCGGCGUCUCCUCACACCAGCCUUCCACUUUGACAUCCUCAAAAACUAUGUUUAUAUAUUCAACCAGUCCUCCAACAUCAUGCACGAGAAGUGGCGCCGCCUGCUGGCAGAAGGAAAAGAUGAGUUGGACAUGUUUGAACAUGUGACUUUGAUGACUCUGGACAGCCUGUUGAAGUGCACCUUCAGCUAUGACAGCCAGUGCCAAGAGACAUCCAGUGAGUACAUCUCAGCCAUUUUUGAGCUGAGUGAGCUGGUGGUGGCAAGGCAGCGCUUCCUCCCUCAUCACUGGGAGUGGCUGUAUAAGCGCUCGGCGGAUGGACGGCGCUUCCGCAGGGCCUGCGACCUCGUCCACAACUUCACCGCUGCUAUCGUAGAAGAGCGCCGCUCCAAACUGCUCAAACAUGGGCCUCCAGACAGCUGCACCCGAAACAACACGACGGGGAGCAAGAAGAAGACAGUCGACUUCAUAGACGUGCUGCUUCUGUCAAAGGAUGAGAAUGGAGAAGGUCUGUCCAAUGAGGAGAUUAAAGCACAAGCAGAUACGUUCAUGUUUGCAGGUCACGACACAACGGCAAGUGCAAUUUCCUGGCUUCUGUACAACCUGGCCAUGCAUCAAGAGUAUCAGGAACGCUGCCGUUCUGAGAUUAAUGCUGUACUUAGUAACCGAGACACUGAGGACAUUACCUGGGAUGACCUCAGCAAUCUGCCCUUCACUACCAUGUGCAUUAAGGAAAGUCUACGGCUCCACCCCCCUGCGGCCACCGUAACACGGUACUACUCUCAAGAUAUGAGCGUUCCUGGGGGACGCAUCAUACCACAGGGAAACAUCUGUCUCAUCAGUGUCUACGGCACCCACCACAACCCUGAACUCUGGCCUAAUCCAGAGGUUUAUGACCCCAUGCGUUUUGACCCUGAGAACUCAAAGCAGCGCUCCUCAUAUGCUUUUAUUCCGUUUUCUGCAGGUCCCAGGAACUGUAUUGGUCAGAGCUUUGCCCUGGCGGAGAUACGGGUGGUUGUGGCCCUGACUCUGAGAAGAUUUCGAAUUCUUCCGGGUUCCAGACCCACGAAGCGUCUUUAUAAAAUCAUUAUGAGAACAGAGGAUGGGAUGCCUCUAAAACUAGAACCCCUGACACCAUCCCAGGAGUGACACACCUCCCCUGUGUGGUCAGGAUGCAGCCUUGUUUAUCAAGAUGACCGGUUGUUCAGUCUGUGUACCAUUUUCUUCUAUAUUGAUGAUCAGUUCUGCUUAUUACUAUUUGUCCACAGAUUCAGGCAACUUUGAAACCAACUUAUGAAUGACUUUAAAAUACUUCUUCUUCGUUGAUUCUCUGCUGCAUGUGUGUGGAGAAAUGUACAUUAGUUAAACUUGUAAUUGAUAAAGGGCCCACAUCACGAAAAAACAUCUCUUUUUCUGGUUAAAAAAUGGACACAGUAUGUAAA